AUGUGCGAAGAGGAGGAGGAGGUGCCGAUCCGCAAGUUUAUGUUUCACAAUUUGACGGUCUGCGACAGAGGACAUGUGACCUAUCAAGAGAUCCGUCAAGCGAUCGUUCACACACUCGCACAGAUUGGGUACGUGAGAAAAACGGCUUGAAAAUGCGCGGUUUUCGCAAUUUUUUGAGCACAUUGAUAGUUUGAACCGUGUUUUUGAGCGCUGUUUGAAAACGGUCCUAUAACUCGAGAAUGACGGAUUUUGGAAUGAAAUGAUCAAUUAGAAAGUUGUAGGGGACAAAAUUUGCAACAACUCUUGUCUUGAACACUUUUCAAAAUGAUAAUUGGUUCUCGAGAUAUUGAUGUCCAAAAAUUACAAUUUUUCAGAGCAGAGUAUUGCCGAGGCCUGAACUUUUGACCCACUUGCAAUUAUCCGAUCGGGCCUAAAAUUUGCAGGCUUUUAGGACUUGGAUUGAAGUGUUUUGUACCAAAGUUUCCGACAGAUCCGAUUAUUUUCUCUGCAGAUAUGGCGAGUUUUAGAAAAGUCAGGAGGCCUGAAACUUGGACCCAAAAUACUUCAAUACAAGUUCGAAAAGCUUGAAUAGUUUGGGCCCGAUCGGAAUAUUGCAAGUGGGUCAAAUGAAUCGUCUAGGAUGAUUUGCAGAUUCCGCGUACCCGGAAUCUCAGUGCUCGUCGAGCAAUUCGACGCGAUGCCCGACGGGAACGCGUCCGUCGAUCAUCGUUUCUGGGCGACGUUCCAGGUGGAUCGGCCCUCGGCGGCCGCGAUUUUCGAGCAAAGACACGGGCGGAACGAACAGAUUGCACACCUCAAUUCGACCGAAAACCGAACAAUCGAGACGCAUCUGAACCUGCGACAGUACAAGGGAUUACGGUACGAGGCGGUCAAGGCGACGCUGAGAGCAACGGCCAAGUGAGCCACUUUCUCUUUCCCUCUAACAUAUGUGGUCCAUGGACAUUUAGCCGAAUGCUAAAGCGGCAAAAUGUAAGUGAAAAACUUUAGAAAACUGGCGAAAAAGUGCUACCGAGACUCGGACGGAUACUCGUUGGAAGUGGUCAAGGAUACGAUACAUCUGAAGCGGGACGGACGACACGUCGGCAUUCUGACGGUGCAGAGUCUUGCGGAGAAUCACAGGGAUGCGGUGGAACGGGUCAUUCGGGUAAGUGUUUGAGGAGAAACACAAAACGUGUCGAUUUCCAGAGACUCCCAGGUGACUUGGCGAUGAGAAUGCGAAAACUGACGAGAAGGAUCGGCCAAGAGUCGCCGGCCAACACGAUCACUUCGGCGGCGAAAUCGCCCGGACGAAGCAUCCCGCCGACGCCGCCGCCCGUCGGAAAACAAGGAUUCCGCCGACCGGACACCCCGCGCCACGUGGCAUGA